GCAUAGAUCAGUUAUUUUCAUUUGUUCAUUCGCACCUAUGGACCAGCUUUUUGCCAGUCUUGCCAUAUCAGGAGCGUCCCUGGUCUCGAAAGCUGCAUUUUCCUAUUGUCAAGGAUAUGCAGUGAAACAAAUCUCGACAUUUGUGCAAAAUACGACUGAUAAAUCUCGAAAAAAGGGAAAACUUGCACGACUGCAAACCAUCCUUGAACGCAAGUUGGCAAUCGUGACGCCAGCAAUUGAUACAUGCGAAAUAUUGGCAGCUCGAGGCAAUACGAAUCUUGAAGCAGUAUUGGAAUUGGCAGGGGACUUGAAAAAGGAGCUCAGGAAAUUAGGAAAUCGCGUGAAUGGAGUAGAGGAAAGUGCGAAUGAGCUGACUGCGAGUGUUUUGGAGGAUGUAGAACAAGUUCUCAGAACGAUAGAUGAUCUGGUCCCUUUCCUACAACUGGCGCUUCAAUCAUGCGGUGCACAGCUGACGGGCGCACUACCCUCAAGCAUAUCACCGAGCCGACUGCUUCAAGCUUCCACUGCGGUAGCUCUAGCGUCCAGCCGCUUUCAAGCGCAUAAGACGUUCGGCCCCACACAACCACCCGAUCCAGUGCAAGUCGGACCGUCCUUUCCAGCUCGCGUUUACUCACUGUUUCAAUCUUCGGCUCGAGCCAAAGGGGUUGCGGACUGGACAUGGAAGGAGGAUUAUGCAAAAGCAUCUGUGACAGUGCAACGAGUCCCCGCUGAUCUUCAAAACCUGACGGAGGAUGAACGAGCGUCUGCAGAGGCUGCUCCACUACGCUCUCGAAUUUCUUACGAACUGCUUGUCACUGAGGACCUAAAUGAUGGACGCUAUCACGACGAGUUAGAAGGUGUUUCAGUUACGCCUGGCGAGAUGGUGCCUGGCCGCAAAACGCGAAUACCUGUGACGGACCUUCAGCGCCUUUAUUAUUCCAGAUCAGGUGAACUAUUGAAUAUUGACACAAAAUCAUUGAAGGCGGAUCCCAGCCCAGUUUUGGUUGUCAAGAUAGUCAAAGGUACACGGUUUCUCUCCGCACAAGAAAAUGAAGAUGGUACGCCUUUGCGGUUGCAAGACUCAGGCGCCAGAGUGGAAUACCUGGCAUUUGAGUUGUAUCGCGAGGACGACGCAACAGAAAGUGAGGAAGAAGAGGAAGACAUUGAAGGUGAGGAGGAGGAGGUAAAAGAUGCGAGGCCCGAUCAGGACAAAAGAGUCAAAGAUCGCUACUAUCCCGCGUCCAACCCUCCUCCUGCAAUUGGUCUUCUGAGCGUCCUUGAAUAUAUUCUCCGCUUGACAGCACUGGAAGUUUCUGAGCAGCGACCGCAUCUCGACGUACCCGAUGAAAAAUUAAACCUUUACCUUAGCAAUGAAGCAGAUGCAAUGAAAUCCCGAGAGAUUGAUUACGGUCGCACUGAAACAGCGCUGGCACCUUCCAAUUCCCUUCGUAGGUCUAUGGUAGGGUCAGGAUCAGUGGGAAUGGAAAGCCCAUUGGCAAGGAGGCCAGGACAAACCAGGUUCAUGGACAGACUGCUUGGAGCAAAAUCCAGUGAAUCUGGAGAUAAAUCUGAAUAAAUUGUGUAAUUCUUUUUACUUUA